AAUUAAUGGAUCAGAUGAAGGAUUCGAUGGUUAUAGGAUCGGUCUUUGUGGAUUCGACAAUCCAAUGCGGGACUCUAAAACUGAAGAAGUGAAACGACACAUUGGAAGUGGAGUAAAAUUCAAAAUGGACGGCAGCGGCAACAUCAUGAUGAAACGUGUCAGUAAAUGUAACGUUUACGCCAAGGAGAUUGAGAACGGAGAGACGUCGGUAUCUUCUGAAGUUAUCAAGAACAAUGGCCAAUUGGAAGCAGAUAAAGCUGUAAAGUUGUUUGACAUGAAAAAGUUCCAGAACAACGUAAGCAGGGAAAUCCGAAGAGCCUAUCCCGACAGAAGGAAAUUAGAAAGUCAGUGUAUUUCUAUUGUGGCACUUGUUAAAGACUGUGUGAAUCUACUCGACUGUCCGUGUUGGGUGAUGAUAAUAAACGUCGUAGCCCUGGAUAUGCUGAAGUCAAAACUACCGCUAAUUACUAAGAAACAAAGUGCCCCAAUUUUAACUAGUGUGUUCGAUCGCCCUCGACUCCCUGUUCCCGAGGAGGACCCGUACAGUGUGCCUCAUCUAGGAACCUCACGUUCCUCAAGCUUGCUACGUGAAACACGUGAUAAGCCUCCGAAGCUACCACCACGUGACUCUUCACAGAUUUCAAUGCCAAUGCCCGAUUAUGACGAUGAGAGGCAAGAAGAAAAUAAGAGACUUCCACCAGUACAAUCAUUCAGUCGAAACCAAAAGUCGGGGUAUAAUGACGAUCCCUAUUAUAGUGGAUUCCGAGCUCGUGUGCCCAAUUACGCCAAACGUGAACAAGAUUCCGUGAAAAAGACCCAUAGCGCUGGAUACAUAAGUCUUCUACGUUCCCAAGAACGGGCAUCGUAUACAUCAACACUUGGUUCUGAGGAACUAAUUUCCAGCGAGGAGGAAUACAGUCGCACUUACAACAGACUUCGAGCACCGUCUCAUCAUCAUUAUCCUCCUCGAGAAAUGUACGUGGGAGAGUGGGAGUGAAUUCUUGGAAGAAUAUGUAUUAAAUAUUAAAGAAACUGACAGUAGGAUUAUUUAUCUGGCAACCAGGAUUGGACUACACAACGCUAAUAACGUUUUUUCUCAGUCAUUUGUAUUUAUCCAACCGUUAUGUUGUGAUACUUGAGAAUUAUUGGACAGCCAGUGACCUCUACAAUUAGUAAAUAACAGGCAAAAAAGCUGACAACUCAAGAUAACUCGAGUGAGAACCUUCAUGACUAUGACGUUUUGAAAUGUAGUUUUAUAAUAACGUAGUUGUUUUCUUACACUGGUUAAAGAUAUUGUUGUUAAAGUCGCGUCCGAAGGCUUACUAAAGUAUUUAAAUAGUUGUUAGUAUAAGUCAGUUAACCCUUAAAAAAAAAGCACGAAGCUGUAAGAGAGCGUCUCAAAACUUUUUCUUAUAAUGCCUCAACUGAACAAUACCUUUAUUAAUAUCACGUCUACCCCUACAAAUAAAAAAAAUGUUAACCAAUCUUUUGUAUUGCUAUCAUGCGUUUAAAGGGGAGGGGGGGAUUAUUUCAUUUCAAUGACAAGAGAAAAAAACAAUACAAAUUAUGUUGAACCACAGUCAUUCCAUUAGUUCUUCUGGUGGAUGUUUUGUUUUUAAGCCUAGAAUUUAAGGUUGACCUUGAAUUUGACAUACGGUUACCGUCCUCCGUGAGGUUAUAUAUAACCAUUGUUUUCUUGAGAUGACGACUUUCGUAAGUGAAGUAUAUUUUUAUUCACUAUAUAUCCAACAAGGGAAUCGGUAGGCUUAUACUUACACACGCGCAUGCACUUUGGGUGUUAGUGUUCUGUUUAAAGAAUUUGUGAUUUAUAAGUUAAGCCUACAGGGGAUCGAAUUUGGACGGAUGGGACAGUAAGCGAACACUAAACCGAUAGGCAUCUUGUAAAGCUGGCCGAACCUCGUGAGGUAUUAUUGGGUUUACGGCCGAACAUAUCGAUAACAGCGAGGGUACCCAACCAAUAAAAUAAUACAUUAUAAUUAAAUAUACUUGUCAUAAGACAUUAGUAUUAGGCCUAUUAUAUUUUUAACGUUGCAUUAUUUAUCUAUGCACUUGGAAGAAUUCUUGAAAAUCCCUAAUGGACAAGAUAAAGAAAAUAUAAUAGGGUUAACACUAAUGUCUUAUGACAAAUAUAGAUGAUUGUAGUAUUGCUUCGCCAUCUUGAAGAAGUUAUUCACACCAUAACGAUACAUUCUAAUCUUUAUAUAAUAAAGAAUAUUUAAUUAGUUA